AGACUGUACUUCAGUUGAAAUAUGGAUCCAUCCAUAUAUCACUUACAGAAACUUUAUGAAGACACAAUACCACCACUGGUUGCAUCUGUUUCCAUUGUCAAGGUCCAGUAAUUGAAAAUGUGACCUCUACUGGAUCCAUUUACGAAUUUCUAUCAGCUGGAGACUGUUCUGUCUGUGUCCUCACCACAUUUCAUGAGUGUGUGAGUCGCAUUUCAGGAGCCGUUGAACCCUUAAAACACCUGAAAACGUGAAGUUCAGCUGCAGUGGAUCCAUCCAGAGAUGCUAAUAAAGCGGAGAGAGAGACCGGAGGCAGAGCCGAUCCUCCCACCGCCGAGGAGGAGGAUGCAGCCAGAGAACACCUUACCUCCCUCCCUCCCUUCCUCACUUUCUUCCUCUUCACUCCACGGCGACGGCAGCAACACAACGCUGCUGCUACACACCAGCACACACACACACACACCGACACACACACACACACUGAGCGGCAUCCUCAGCUCGGACCCAGACGGCCCUUGGACUGCUGCAGGCGAGGAUGAGGCUGUGGUCGUGGCAGCAGUGUGGGGAGGUCGCUGUGGUUCUUCUGGGCUUCCUGACAUUGGUGGUUUCUGUGGGGAAUCUGUCCACCAGAGGACUGCAGGAGGAUGGCGUGGCCUCCAACAGUCUGGAGGAGGAGCUGGAGGUGACCACGUACUGGUGGGGGGAGUGGGCCAAGUGGACGGCCUGCACUCGGACCUGUGGAGGUGGAGUCAUGUCGCAGGAGAGACACUGUCUGAAACAGAGAAAGUUGCUGCCGGGAAGGACAACAUGACCUGUACAGGAACGCCUAAGAAAUAUCAUCUCUGUAACACUAAGGAAUGUCCGGCCACCGGGAGGAGCUUCAGAGAGGAGCAGUGCUGGUCCUUUAACUCACAGCUUUACAAUGGGAGGAACUACCAGUGGAAAUCUCUCUAUCCAGACGACUACGUCCACAUCUCCAGUAACCCCUGCGACCUCCACUGCACCACCGCUGACGGCCAGAGGCAGCUGAUGGUGACGGCCAGAGACGGAACUUCCUGCAAGUACAGCAGCUACCGAGGCGUCUGCGUGGACGGUAAGUGUGAGCCAAUCGGAUGCGACGGCGUUCUGUUCUCCUCCAACACUCUGGAUAAAUGUGGAGUCUGUCAAGGCGACGGCAGCAGCUGCAGCAGAGUCACCGGAAACUUCAGGAGAGGAGCCACGACUCUGGGUUAUUCUUUCAUCACUCAAAUCCCCGAAGGAUCCUGGGACAUCCAGAUCAUCGAGAGGAAGAAAUCGGCCGAUGUUUUAGCUGUGACCGACCAGGCCGGAAACUUCUUCUUCAACGGCGCCUACAAGGUAGACAGUCCUCAGAACUUCCACGCAGCAGGAACCGUCUUCAAAUACCGCCGACCCAUGGACGUCUACGAGACCGGCAUCGAGUACAUCGUCGCCAAAGGCCCCAUCGACCAGGCCAUCAACAUCCUGGUGUGGAACCAGAACGGUCGGACUCCCUACAUCACCUACGAAUACACCGUCCUCAGAGACUCCCUGCCUCCCGUCCCGCCUCCCCCCGUCUACACCGGCUCGGACUCCUCGGCCGGCGAGGUUUCCGUGGAAGUGGGAGGUCUGCUGGCUCCCAACGGCAGCGUUUACGACCAGACGUCUCCUGGAGAUCCGCUGGACGCCGGAGACAACGACGGACCGAAGGGGCAAGAAACCAACGAGGUGUACGAGGAGACGGCGGCCAUUGACUGCGACCAGGACGGAGUGCCAAAGUUCACAGGGAACAGCAGCCAUCCAGGCAGCACCGCCAAACCCGCUCCUGAUGGUGGCGCUCUGGACCCAGGCCCGGACUCCCAGAACCUGAUCUGGAGGGUUCUGCUGGACGGCCGGAUCGGUCCGGACGAGCUGCUCAUCAACAUCUCCACCAACCAGCUGCUGACGGAGGGCGACGGUCUGUUCUCGUCCGAGGUGGGCCCGGUGGAGGUGGGCAGCCUGGAGCCAGGAGGUCCGUUUGACCUGAACCAGACCGUGGCCUUCACGCUGGGAAACAAACGCAACGACAGCGGAGACAACGGCAACCAGAACAAGACGGUGCAGGGCGGAGGGAGGACCUCGGGCCGGUCCAACAGAACCAGGGGGAACCAGAGACUUUACCAGAAGAACCUGAAGCUGAGCGCUGCAGACAUGUACCGCUGGAAGCUGUCGUCUCAGGAGCCCUGCAGCAUGACCUGCUCCAUCGGAGUGUCCAAGUCGUUCGUGUCCUGUGUCCGGUACGACGGCGUCGAGGUUCAUGACAUGUACUGUGACGCUCUGACCCGACCAGAACCCGUCCACGACUUCUGCAUCGGGAGGGAAUGUCAGCCGAGGUGGGAGGCCAGCAGCUGGAGCGAGUGCUCUCGGACCUGCGGUGAAGGUUUCCAGUUCCGUCAGGUGCGCUGCUGGAAGAUGUUGUCUCCGGGCCUGGACAGCUCGGUGUACAGCGACCUCUGCACCAUGGCCGACCUGGAGAGACCCAUGGAGAGACGAGCCUGCAAGAGCCCGGCCUGCGGUCCACAGUGGGAGGUGGCCGAGUGGACCGAGUGUCCCGCCAAAUGUGGCCGUAAAGCUCAGGUGAGUCGAGACGUUCGCUGCUCCGACGAGAGCCGACCGUGUGACCCCAUGACCAAACCUCCCAACAUCAAGAACUGCACCGGGCCGCCCUGCGAACGCCACUGGACCGUCUCUGAGUGGGGCCCGUGUUCUGGUUCGUGUGGUCAGGGGAAGAUGCUCCGUCAUGUUUACUGUAAAGCUCCAGAAGGUCGAGUGGUUCCAGAGAACCAGUGUCCUGCUGAGGACAAACCUCUGUCCAUCCACCCCUGUGGAGAGAGAGACUGUCCUCCUCAUUGGCUCAGCCAAGAAUGGGAGCGGUGCAACACGACUUGCGGUCGCGGCGUGAAGCGCAGGAUCGUCCUCUGCGUCGGCAUCACCGGAGGAAAGUUCCAGACCUUCGACGACGAGGUCUGUGGAGGCGAAGAGAAACCGGAGGAGGAGAACACCUGCUUCGAACGGCCCUGCUUCAAGUGGUACACCACGCCCUGGUCCGAGUGCACUAAGACUUGUGGCGUCGGCGUCCGGAUGAGGGAUGUGAAGUGUUACCAGGGCAGAGAGUUGGUCCGAGGCUGCGACCCGUUGACCAAACCGGUGUCCAAACAGACCUGCACCCUCCAGCCCUGCCCCACCGAGCCCCCCGAUGAGAGCUGCCAGGACCGGCCCUCCACCAACUGCCUGCUGGCCCUGAAGGUGAACCUGUGCAGCCACUGGUACUACAGUAAGGCCUGCUGCCACUCCUGCAGAGCGGUCCGACCUCCAGCCUCCUAGUCCAGGACUCAACUCCUCCACCGACUCCAGCCGAGGACACCUGGAGACACCUGGAAAGACCUGGAAACAUCUGGAAACACCUGGAAACACCUGCUGGGAGGAACCAGACCAAGAGUGGACCUGGUUUAAGAAGCAAAGUGUCCGUCAUCAGUCCCAUAGUUUAACCCUCUGAUCCCUUGACCACUUCUUGUCUCAUUCUUCUUCCCUGUGACCUCAUUUUUCUCACAUUCUUGCUUCAUUUGUUCUUACUAUGUUUUAUUUUUUGUCACCGUGACCUCAUUUAUCUUCACUCGUGGGCUCAAUUUUCACAGAUUUUUUUUUUCUACAACAACUGAAAAAAUCUACAACCUUCACAAACUGGACAAGACAAUUAGUUUGUUUCAUUGUAAUUCCUUACAUUAUUACAUUUUUAAAAAUCUUUUUUUCAGUUAUUUUGCAUCUCAUUUGAUUGCUUUAUGUGUGUUUGGGGCAUUUUUUUGUCUCCCUAUGGUCAUUUUGUGUCUCAUUUCUGUAGUUUUCUGCCCGGUUUAUGUUGUUUUUUGUCUUGUUUUCUUAGUUUCUUUGUUGUUUUUGUCAUUUUGUGCCAUGUUUAGGUAGUUUUGUGUUUUGUUUUUGUCACUUCCUGUCUUGUUUUUGUCAUUUUGUGUCACUAUACGACACUUUUGUUUCCUGUUGUGUCUUUUCUUUCUCAUUUUGGUUCUAGUUUUUCUCAUGACAGUUUACACUCCACCGUUAUCUUUCCUGUCGUGUUGCAUCAUGUUUGUAUUGUUUUGCGUCUCAUUUUGGACAUUUUAUGACACUUAGGGACAGUUCUGUCUCUUUGUGGUUCUUUUCUGUCUUGUUUUUGUCGUUUUCUGUUUCAGUUUUGCAGGUUUGUCUCAUUUUUGUCAGUUCAUGUCAUCACAGUUUGUGGAAGUGUUUUUUUUUUGUCGUUUUCUUUCUUGUUUUUGAAGUUUUGUCGUGUUUUUGUCGUUUUCUUUCUCAUUUUGGGGUUCUGAGGGUUAAAUUAUGUCAAAGGAAACCCACACACACACAAAAAAAACCUCCACUGUUCUUAUUGUUUGUAUUCCAAACUCAAAAUUUCAUGUUUUUCUGGUUUAUUGGGGAUGAAUUGGAUGAAAAACAAACUGAAUUUUUGUUGUUUUGACAGUAAGUUGUCCACCAUUUAAAGUUUAGAAGAGUUGACAGACUCUAAAACAGUAGAACUUUAAAAUCACCUCUGAGAUAUUUCUAAAUAACCAAAGAAAAAACGGUUUAACUUGUGUUUUAUCUCUAAUACCUGCUCUUAUUAUUGUCAUAUCUCUCCUUCAAACCUCCCUUUUUCAGCUCCUGUUGAUUAUUUAUCGGUCGUUUGUUUCAGUUCUGGUUUGAAUUCGUCCUCGAACGUCGUCUGGAGUCGGAGACGAAGCGGAGUCACCGGUUAGCGGGAAAAGAUGGAUUAAAUUAUUUCUCAACUGAAUAUAACUGCAUGACUAGAAUAUUUAAUACAGAUACUGUUUAUGGAAUAUUAUUUAAUUUUAGCGUCCGGCGCGGCCCAACAGGAAGCAGAAACGACCUGAAACAAGAUCCUGUUUCCGCUUGUUGCCGUGCCGACGCUCCUGCAGGAUAUUUAUUAGUCGUAGCACAUUUCCAUUUAGCGCGACGCUCCUGAUGCCGCCGACGGUUCCUCAUCGGGUCAACUGAUGCCAGAUCUGCUCCCAGCGCAGACAGAAAGAUUCCUGACACUUGAAGUAUGGUUGAAGUGUUUUCGUCUCGUGUUUAACUCCGGCGUACUGUGUUUUUAUAUCACCGAUACCUCUUUGUACAAAACUAAAGUAUGGAGAAUGUGUACUGUUGAUAAUAAACUGAAGCCUAAAGGUACUGACUUGUAUUUCAAUUAAAUAACUCAAAUCAA